AUGGCGGUGCCUGAGACACAGCUCUAUGCAAAGGUUGCCAACAAACACAGGAACAAAAGCACCUCUUCGCUCCUUGAGUCCCUCUUAACCAAAGGAUUCCCAGCUCAUAUCGCGCAAAAAGCCUUGGCUGCCACUGGUCAAAAGACAAUAGAAGAUGCUGCAAAAUGGUUACACUCUCACUGCAAUGAUCCCUCUUUGGAUGACCCAAUCCCUCAGGAGUAUGCUCUCUACUUGUGCCCCACUGGCCGCUUGCAUAACUGCCUGCAAGAGUUUUGGAAAGAGAGCAGGCGCCAGUGUGGGAAAAACAGAGCUCAUGAGAUUUUUCCACACAUCACGCUUUGCGAUUUCUUUACGUGUGAAGACCAGAAAGUGGAAUUAUUGUAUGAGGUCUUAAAGCGAGUUGGUGAAAGCUUUUCACAGUGCUUUCCACCAUUCAUUUCCCUAUCACUACAUUCAUCCACCAGCUACCUUGGUUUCUUUGUUGGGGAAAGCCAUGCAAAUAUCCUCAAAGAAUUUGCUACUGCAUUCUCUGCAGAGGCUUCAGCCUUAGCAGAUUGCCAUGUGAAACCCUGCCACAAACAGGUCCAUCUUACUUUGGCUCACAAGUUUUAUCCUCACCAUCAGAAGACAUUGGAGCAGCUGGCCAAAUCCCUCAACCCAGGGGAGGCCUGCCAGUGGGUAGCUGCUCUCUAUUCAAGGGAUAUGCGUUUUGUGCAUUACCAGACUCUGAGGGCUGUCUUCCAGUAUAAGCCUCAGAACAUCGAUGAGCUAAUGAUAAAUGUGGGAGACUUCAUAUAUGUUGACCCAACACAGCAAUCUGAUGUGAGUGAAGGCUGGGUGAUCGGGACCUCACACCGGACUGGCUGCAGAGGUUUUAUUCCUGAAAACUACACAGAGAGAGCCAACGAGUCAGACACUUGGGUCAAACACAGAGAAUAUGCUUUUGUACCAGCUUCGAGAUUUUUCACCCAAGCUGAAAAUGAACCUAAUGUAAAGCUGAAUGGAGAAGUCCAUAAUCCAGUUAUGUCAAGAAGUCUAACCAGUAUACUUUCAGCUCAGCUUUCUCAGAACACCACUAUUCGAAGAGGUCUACUGGUGAUGCGCCAUGGUGAAAGAGUUGAUCAGGUUUUUGGGAAGUCCUGGCUUCAACAGUGCUUAACUGCAGAUGGAAAAUACCACAGAGCUGAUCUGAACUUUCCUUCCAACCUACCAAAACGGAGAGACAGCAUGAAGCAAUUUGAGCACGAUCCUCCUUUAUCUUGCUGUGGUAUUUUUCAGUCAAGACUUACAGGAGAAGCUCUGCUGGACCAGGAGGUGGCAGUCAGCUAUGUAUACUCAUCACCUGCACUCCGCUGCAUACAGACAGCUCAAUACGUCAUGGAAGGCCUUAAAUUAGAUCAAAAACUCAAAAUUAGAGUGGAACCAGGACUCUUUGAAUGGACAAAGUGGGAAGCAAGCAAACUAAUUCCUAACUUUAUGACUAUGACAGAACUGACUGAGGCCUCUUACAAAGUAGAUACAAGUUACAGGAGUAACUUCCCACUCUCUUCUCUGAUGCCAUCAGAAACUUAUGAAGAAUAUGUAAGCAGAAGCUCCACAGUUAUAAAACAGAUAGUCACUGCCUGCCCCAGCAAAGGUGUCAUCCUCAUUGUGGGCCAUGGCUCCUCCUUGGCAUCUUUCACUCGGCCUCUGAUAGGGCUCCCAGCCAGAGAAAGCGGCGACUUUGCUCAGGUGGUCCGAAAGAUCCCUUCUCUGGGCAUGUGUUUUUGUGAAGAGCUUAGAGAGGAGAACAAAUGGCAGAUGGUUAAUCCACCAGUGAAGACAUUAACUCAUGGAGCAAACCCAGCAUUUAAUUGGAAAAAUGGCAUCCUAGAUAAUUAG